UUCUCGAACAUUCUGUGAAACUGACGACUGGUCUCUACCUAAUUCCUAACAAUUAAAAGUAAUUAAAACAAUUUACUGAUUUUUUUAUUUCUUUACUGACCAAUUAUUAAUAUUUAACACCAUGUCCUUUAUGUUACAGCAUCUUCACAAUGGCUGGGAAGUUGACCAAGCUAUUUUAUCCGAGGAAGAUCGAGUUGUUGUUAUACGAUUUGGACAUGAUUGGGAUCCUACCUGUAUGAAGAUGGACGAAACACUCUAUGGAAUUGCUGCCAAGGUUAAAAACUUUGCCGUUAUUUAUCUAGUUGAUAUUACAGAGGUUCCUGACUUCAAUAAAAUGUAUGAACUGUAUGACCCAUGUACAGUCAUGUUUUUCUUCCGUAAUAAGCACAUCAUGAUCGAUCUGGGAACUGGUAAUAAUAACAAGAUCAACUGGGCUCUUGAUAAUAAACAAGAGAUGAUAGAUAUCAUUGAAACUGUUUACAGAGGUGCCAGAAAAGGUCGCGGUUUGGUGAUAUCACCCAAAGAUUAUUCAACGAAAUAUCGAUAUUGAAAAAUUUAUACUCUUCAUCAUUUCACCACUACUCAAAUCGCUUGUGACUUUGAAGUUCUCAUUGUUAUCCAUACAAAUAUUCCACAUGAGCCGGACAUUUUUAAACUGACAUCAAUUUUGUUGAAUGAGUUGAUUCCAUUGUUCAGUUCAAGUACUUUUACAAAUCUUUUGGCGGAUAAUUUUGCUUUUAGAGUGGUCUAAACUGAAUAAUUCUGUAUUUAUUUAAAGUAUUACAUUAAUAAAUGCAUAACCAUUGUAACAAAUA